UAUAACCUGCCAGAGACUACCCCAGGCUGAUAUAACCUGCCAGAGACAACCCCAUGUUGAUACAACCUGCCAGAGACUACCUGAGGCUGAUAUAACCUGUCAGAGACAACCCCAUGUUGAUACAACCUGCCAGAGACUACCCCAGGCUGAUAUAACCUGCCAGAGACUACCUGAGACUGAUAUAACCUGUCAGACAUUACCCCGGGCUGAUAUAUCCUGCCAGAGACUACACAAUGUCAAGCAGAGAAAAAAAGUUAUCCUGUGAGGAAUGUGGCCAAUGGUUUUUCCUAAAGUCUACUCUUAAGAAACAUUUACUCAUACACAAUGGUAAGAAAGAUGUGGAAUGUGAUGAAUGUGGGAAACAUUUCUCACGUAAGCAGGGUCUCAAGAGGCACAUACAACUUGUACACAAGGGUGUAACAAAGUUCAAAUGUGAUGAAUGUGGGAAGCAUUUUGCACAAAAGAGUUACCUCAGGACACACAAGCUUGGACAUAGUGGUAUAAAAGAGUUUCAAUGUGACAUUUGUGGAAAACAUAUUUCAAGUAAAAAUUAUCUAAAGUCACACAUACUCUUACACAGUGGUAAAAAAGAGUUUCAGUGUGAUGAAUGUGGGAAACAAUUUGCUCAAAAGGUUGGUCUUAAGGCACACUCAUCUGUACACAAUGGUAUCAAAAAAUUUGAAUGUCCUGAAUGUGGGAAACAUUUUGCACAAAAGUGUGAUCUCAAUAAACACAUGUUUGUACACAAUGAUAUCAAAACUUUGGAAUGUGAUGAAUGUGGGAAGUAUUUUGCAAAAAAAGGUGAUAUCAGUAGACACAAACUUAUGCACAGUGGUCUCAAAAAGUUUGAAUGUGAUGAAUGUGGGAAACAUUUUACACGUAAGAGUACUCUCAAGAUGCACAUACUUGGACACAGUGGCAUAAAGGAGUUCAAAUGUGAGGAGUGUGGGAAAUGUUUUUCACGCAAGAAUGAAAUCAAGAUACACAUACUUAGACACUAUGGUAUAAAAGAGUUUGAAUGUGAGGAGUGUGGGAAACAUUUUGUAACUAACAGUGAUCUCAAGAGUCACAUGACUCUCCACAGUGGUAAAAAAAAAAUUAAAUGUGAGGAAUGUGGGAAAUGUUUCUCCUGGAAGCGGUCUCUCAGAGCUCAUAAACUUGUGCAUGAAAAAUGUAAACAGAAUUCAAUGAAUGCUUGAAUGGCUUUAGCAGAAGGUAAAUGUAAUACAUAAACUUGAAUACAGUGAUAUACAUCAAUAUAAAACCACCUGAACAAACUCUAUGAAUGUAGAAAAAAUAAAGAGAAGUGCCACUUUUCUAGAUAUUAAACAGUAAUUAUCUGCUCUUAAGAUGUAAAUUUCUUUUACCGUGGCCUUAGUACUUUACCAUGACAUGAAAGAAUAUUUUUUUAAAUAAACUUGUGUUAGUUGAGGUGUAUUCUGAGUCUAGUAGAACUUGCACAAUAAUUUUGUUAACAAGUAAUGGUCACAGGUAGACCCAGCCAUGUUGAUGCUGUUGACUUCAGUCAUGUCCUGUUGCCACUUAAAACUUUGCAUUAUAUGACAGUUAAACACUUGCCCACCACCACUGGUUGAGCCUUUCCAGUGAGUCUGUGGAUUCAUAUAUAAGAGCCCUGAUGCCUUAGAGGAGCAGCAGUAGGUGUCCAGCUACCAGUAAGAUUUGUGCUAUGAAUAGAAUGUUUACCGAAGGGAUCAAGCACCAAUGUAAGCAAAAUAUGGCUCUAAGUUUGAUUGUCAUAAAGGAGAAAGCUAAAAAAUCCAAACCUCAAAAGUACAUAAUGCUCAAGAAGCCACAGGGUUUAGAUUUAUAAUUUGCACCAAGAUUUGGGCAUAAGUUUAUGAUUUUGUCCAAUCUUAAACUCUUUUGUGAAUUUAUAUGUACAGUAUAUAAUGUAUAGAAUAAUUCAAUUGCAGGUGAACCUUGAUAACCGACAUCCCGUUGUCCACUGAUUCACAUAACCGACAAUUUCAUAUAGGAAAAAUACCCUGCAAGUUUCGUUGAUACCCCAGAGAUCCGACGAUUGGCAGUGUUGGUCUGGUGUGAAUUCUUGCCACCAGAGUGCUGUACGCACUGCCUCACACUCAUUCCCGCCAUCUUUGCUCUUGUUUACACAUACUAUGUGUCUCUGACUUCGUGCUUUUUAUUUUUUCCUACUUAGUGUGUUACUCAAUCAUGCCUAAACACCCCAAUGAUAGUUCCUCUUGUGCUGGAAAACUUUAUGUGAUGUGAUAAGUGUAAUAAGAGUGGUGAUGGACGAGCAAAGUGUGGUAGAGUUGAACUUGCUACCCUAGACUGUCUCUACCAUCCUCAACACAGGAACCGCAUUUUCCGGCAAAUAAGAUGCAUCACCGCAUAAGAUGCACCCUUAUUUUACAAGGAUAUUUUGUGGAUAUUUUUUUUUUUUUUUUUAAUGCUUUGUCACACAAUUAUUAAAAGUGAUUUUAUAGUGGUUUUGUAGGGGAUAACAUAUGAUUUUGUCCAAGUAAAUACAAUAUAUACUGCAAUCAAGUAGGAAAUCAUAUAUAGUUACAUUAUGCUAACCCAACUGUACCUCUGAUCAGAGCAGCUGUGUGGCUUGUUUAUAUUUUGGUCAAGAGAAUUACCUACAGGAUGUGAAACUCGUAUUUUAGAUGAGAUGUUUUGUGGUGCCACGAUUGGCCACCAGGGUGUAGCACCAUCGCUAUUGUUUUGGCGUCAUCGACUCAUUGCAAAUGGCUGAUUGGCGGCUGAACUUUCUGUUAACAUUUCUUGAAUCUUUCUAGGGGCAUUUUUCAUGUAGAUAAUAAACAAAUGUUUCUUAAAGGCAACACAGUCAUUAAAUAAUGUAAGACAUGUAUCUGUUGUGGGUUACGUAUGCUGGGGAAGGAGGUACAGUGAGAUGAUGUGAGCUUCCCUCUGCUGUUAAGUCAAUAUAAGCCAUUAUUUAUGUCUAUGGCAAAUUUGCCAUAAGUUUGUGAUAAUUUGGCUUGUUAUUCAGUACAGUAUUUUAUUAUUAGUAACAUAAUUUUUUUGCUUAGUGGACAACUUCUCGCCCCAGACUCUCUGGCUAGGCACCUCCGCCUAUGAUCCUCGGCCUCCCAUCCGUAAUACGGGCGCAUUAGACGCAGAGUGAUUUGUGAGACAUUUAAAAAAAAAUUAUGCAUCAUACGCCAGCAAAUACGGUAGAUAACUGUCUCAAUUUAUGCCUUACAUUGCUUAUUUAAGGCUUAUUAUGCUUGCAUUAUAUGACUGCUUUAUUUUCUUGCUUGGCAGUGUACAGUACAGACAUAAGUCAAGGGUAGAUGGAAAUUGAAUUUGUUAUAUUCUUAUGGGACCAAUUGCUUCAAUAACUCUUGAUUCACUAACCAGUGACUUUUUCCUGUCCCUAUAUGCGUUGGUUAUCAGGGUAUGCCUGUAUAAGUACUGUAUAGUUGUGGAGCGUGGCUGUGUGUGUGUGGGGGCACAAUCUCGCAUCGUGUCUUGUUGAGUCAAAAUCACCAUUGAAUAAUACAUAAUGGUGAUGUUACACAACCUAACAUCUCAUAAUAAAUCAUUCUUGAUAUUUAUAUUUUAUUUAUCUAUCAUUGUGUUUCUUUGUAUUAUCUUUAUAUGUAUUGUUUAUUGUAAAGGCCUGGGACUUAGGUAUAGAAAUCCCUUACCAGAUUAAUCAGGAUCUUAAUAAAGGAAAGUCAAGGACCAUGGUUUUAUGUGGAAUAACAAA